UUGAUGAGGUCUUCCCUCCACCUCCACAGAAAUGGCAGAACAAGCGUAAGUUUGCACACCGUCUGAAAGAGAUUUCCAUUAGCCCUGGACGCCGGAAACCGCAAAGGACAGUCAAGUUUUGAUUUUCAAGGGGAAAGCCUUCGCUAAACUUUCGCCCAGCCGCCAGACCUGUUGGUUCCUGGGAGGGGCUCUUUGGAAACCUCGAAGAUUCCUACACUCUCGAAGACCCAGAGCGGUGGAUUACGGUAAUUGAAAAGCUUGGGUGGUUUUGAAAGAUUACUCUGUGUGGUGUGCGCUCACAUUUCCAGGCUAAGGGGACCGAGCAGAGGAACCCCUUUUGUCACCUUUUGAAAUAAGAUCAGAGGGGAAGACAGGAUCUGAAGUAUGGAUUAGGAGGUCCUAAAUCUUUGCUUAUCACCUCCGCGUGGAUCAUUAUAAAUGAUCGAGUAGUGCAAUGAAUUUAGGAAAUCAUGCAAAGUUUCCUUGCAGUCUGUCCUGGAACCAGAAAUUAAAAGCCCGGCUGUGCCAGGCUGUCUGAAUGGACCAGCACCUACGCUGUGAAGAUCUGAAGUCUCGUCUUGCAAGAGAUCGGUCUCUGGGGUGAUUUGUUUGCUUCCCGGCGAGGGAUGGAGAAACGUAAGCCGUCCGGACUGCUGCCCCUGCGGUCGUGCCACCUCCGCGGCGAGCCCCUGGACCUGCCGGGGUCCCUGCCCCGCCUCCCCCUCCGGGACCCCUUCAGGGUCUCGUGGCGUCUCGACGCCGCGUGCUGGGAGCGGGCGCCCCAGGACUGCGCCGCGAGGCGGUCGUGCCCGCCGCUGCCGCUGGACCGCGCCUUCGAGCCCGCCUUCCUCCGCCGGCGCAACGAGCGCGAGCGGCAGCGGGUACGCUGCGUGAACGAGGGGUACGCGCGCCUGCGAGACCACCUGCCCCGCGAGCUGGCCGACCGGCGGCUCAGCAAGGUGGAGACGCUCCGCGCCGCCAUCGGCUACAUCAAGCACCUCCAGGAGCUGCUGGAGCGCCACGCCCGGGGGCAGGAGGGCCCCGCCGGCACCCGUCCCCCGCGCGCCGCCGAGUGCAACAGCGACGGCGAGUCCAAGGCCUCGUCGGCGCCCUCGCCCUGCAGCGAGCCCGAGGAGGCGGGCAGCUAG